CAUCAGGCACAGGCAGACACCUUCUCGGCCCCUGUCCCUCCCGCCAUCACUGCCAGCGCCACAUCCGCACGCGACGUACUGCUUGCCUCCAGAGAGGCAGCCGCGUGUCUCGCCGAAGUCGCUCGCACGUCGCUCUCUUCCUGAAGCUGCCCCGCCGUUGGCCGUCCACACGACCUUCUCCGCUGCUCGCAGCUGCCUCGCCCUCGCUCUCCCGACGUCCGCCUGCCACAGCACAUCUCGCAGGCACGCGCCGCCAUGGACCAGCGCGCCAAUGCGCCGCUGGCGCCCCACCUGGCGGUGCCGAGCGGCUCCGCAGCCGCAAGCCCGGCCGCCGCAGCAGCGGGCUCGCCGGCGCCGUCGCUCUCCAUCAUCCCGCCGCGGCCGCCGCGGCGGGCCGGCAUGCCCAAGCUGGCGCUGCCCUCCUCUCGCCCCUCGUCAGCUCGCGGCGCCGGCGGCCUAUCGCUGGCCAUGCCGACGAGCAACGGCCUCUCGGGCCUCUCGACCAACCUCUCGCUCAGCCUCUCGGGCGACGACGACUCUUCGCUGCCUACGCCAGGCCUCGCGCCGCCCAGCGUCGGCUUCGAUGUGGAAGAGGGCCAUGCCACGGCCGCACUACAGACCAUCUACCCCGACACGGUGCCGCACGGCGAGGGGCGGCAUCCUGCCGCGCUGACGAACGAUCUCAUUCGCGCCAUUGGCGGGCUUUCCGUCGACGGUGCCGGCUCUGCGUCCGAGACGUCGCAUGCAGGCAGCAGCAAUGGAGACGCGCAGGCUGGACCGUCCAAUGCGGCGCUCCGGCUGCCGGUCGUCGGCUCCAGCGCGGCGGGCGCCGGCAUGCACCGCCGCAGUCUGAGCGCCACGAGCGAGGCGAGCAACGCCAGCAGCAGCGGCGCGCGCGACGGCGACGAGUCCGAGGAGUGGAGGCUCAAGGGCCACCUGGAGGAUCUGGGGCGCAUCGGCGAGGGCGCGAGCGGCGAGGUCAAGAAGGCGCGGCAUACGCCGACAGGCAUCGUCAUGGCCGUCAAGACCAUCUCGACGUCGCCCAAUCCGGCAAUACACCGGCAGAUCCUGCGCGAGCUGGCCUUCAACCGCACGUGCCACAGCGAGUACAUUGUGCGCUACUACGGCGCCUUUCUCGCCGACGAGGACACGAGCAUCGUCAUCUGCAUGGAGCACUGCGAGGGCGGUAGUCUCGACGGCAUCUACAAGAUGGUCAAGAAGCGCAACGGGCGCACGGGCGAGAAGGUGCUUGGCAAGGUCGCAGAGGCCGGGCUCAAGGGCCUGGAGUACCUCAGGCAGCGCAAGAUCAUCCAUCGCGACAUCAAGCCGUCGAACAUCGUCGUGACGCGCUCAGGGCAGAUCAAGCUGUGCGACUUUGGCGUCUCGGGCGAGCUGAUCAAUUCGAUGGCGGGCACCUUCACAGGUACAAGCUACUACAUGGCACCGGAGCGUAUCCGCGGGCUGCCAUACAACAUCAGCUCCGACGUAUGGUCUCUCGGCCUGACAAUCCUCGAGGUCGCAUCCAAUCGCUUCCCCUUCCCGCCCGAGGGCGACCCGCCCUUGGGUCCGAUCGACCUGCUCUCAUACGUCGUCUCCAUGCCGGUGCCCGAGCUGCAGGACGACCCGCAGGCCGGCGUCAAGUGGGGGCGGGCGCUGCGCGACUUCGUCGAGCGCUGUCUCGAGAAGGACCCGGCCAAGCGGCCGGGCCCGACUAAGAUGCUCAGCCAUCCCUUCAUCAAGAAGAGCGAGACGCGGCAGCCGCAGCCCGACAUUGCCCGCUUCAUCGCCGACGUCUGGGGCUGGCCUGCGCCGCCGCCUGCGCCGGGCUCCGAGCCGAGCAGCACCGCCGCCACGCCCACGACGACCGACGCCGGCAUCCUCGGGCGCAUCCCAAGCGUGCGCAAGGCGCCCAAGCCCAUUGCGCCACUCGUGAGCAGCAAGCCGUCGCUCUCCUCGCUCAAGAUUGAGCAGACCAGCGCGCAACGAGGCGAGCCCUCGCCCCUCUCGGCCGGCGCUGCAGGCACGCCGCCCGCCGUGCCGGACGCCACGCAGCUGGAUGCGGAGGGCCGCACGGCUUAUGAGCGUGCCGAGGCCAAGAUGCGCGAGGCCGACGUGGGCCUCGUCGGCAGUCCGACGGUGGACGCAGCUGGCUUCGCCUAAGGCUCUCGCGCUCCCUGCUGUGUGCUCCCUGCUCGCUGCCUUGCCUCAAUACACAUACCAUGCACACGCAGCAGCAACUUU